AUAUUGGCAGGAAACGACGACGUGGAGGGACUGGUGCGGUGUAUAGACAAAGUUCCUAAUUUCCCACGCCGACAGAAUCUCCCUCUUUCCUUUUUCCCUCCACAUUCUUCAGUCGUGAACUGACGGUGGCCGGAAAUGUCACGCACUCGCAUUUCCAUCCACCGCUUCCGCUACAUCUACACCGCAUUCUCCUCCUCACCACCACCAAUUUCUCGCUUCCAAUUCCAAAGCCACUUCUCCCUCCUCUCUUCCCUCUCUCAUCCCACCCGCACACCCAUCCCCUUCCCCUUCCACUCUUCUUGCUACUAUUCCACUUCUGCUCCUCAACACGAUCCUUCAGGCGACUGUUCCGAUUACCCCACCGGCGACUUCGAUUUCAAACCCCUCACUGGCUGGAAAAAGUUCACUGUCAAACUCAGGAUGCUAACUGCAUUCCCAUGGCGGCGUAUCCAAUACGGCACCGUCUUGAAAAUCAAAUUGCGCGGCCAGUUUUCCGAUCAGCUCAAGAGUAGAUUCUCGAAGGGAUUGUCUCUGCCUGAAAUCUGUGAGAAUUUGCUGAAAGCAGCGUGUGAUCCUCGCAUUUCCGGCGUCUAUCUUCAUAUUGAUAAUUUGAAUUGUGGCUGGGCUAAAAUCGAAGAAAUUCGGAGGCACAUCCUCUAUUUCAGAAAAUCAGGAAAGUUUGUCGUGGCUUAUGUCCCUUCAUGUCGAGAAAAAGAAUAUUACAUUGCGUGCGCUUGUGACGAAAUAUAUGCCCCUCCAAGUGCUUAUUUUUCUUUGUUUGGAUUGACUGUUCAAGCCGCAUUCCUCAGAGGUGUUCUAGACAACCUUGGAAUUGAACCACAAGUGGAAAAGUUUGGCAAAUAUAAAAGUGCAGGCGAGCAACUAACCUGUAGAACCAUGUCUGAAGAUACUCGUGAGAUGCUGACUGCAUUGCUUGAUAAUAUCUAUACAAAUUGGCUAGAUAAAGUCUCUUCUUCUAGAGGCAAGAAAAGGGAAGAUAUUGAGAAAUUCAUAAACGAAGGUGUCUAUCAACUAGACAGGCUGAAAGAAGAGGGCUUCAUAUCAAACAUAAUCUAUGAUGAUGAGGUUCUUGCUAUGUUGAAGGAGAGGCUUCAAGUGAAAACAGAUAAAAAUCUGCCCAUGGUUGAUUUGAGAAAAUACUCAAGAGUUAGGAAGUCGACUUUGGGAAUGUCAGGUGGUAAACAAUUGAUUGCCAUCAUCCGAGCCUCAGGGAGCAUUCGUCGUGGUCAAAGUCCAUUAAGCUCCCGUACUGCAGGUAUCAUUGGAGAAAAGUUCAUUGAGAAGAUUCGCCAUGUCAGAGAGUCAAAAAAAUACAAGGCUGUUAUUAUCCGAAUUGACAGUCCAGGAGGCGAUGCUCUUGCUUCUGAUUUGAUGUGGAGAGAAAUCAGGCUCUUGGCUGCCUCUAAACCGGUUGUUGCUUCAAUGUCUGAUGUGGCAGCAAGUGGAGGGUACUACAUGGCAAUGGGAGCCGGGGCUAUUGUUGCAGAAAGUCUUACCUUAACCGGUUCAAUUGGAGUGGUUAUAGGAAAAUUUAACCUUGGAAAACUUUAUGAGAAGAUUGGCUUCAACAAAGAGAUCAUAUCAAGGGGUAAAUAUGCUGAGCUCCUUGCCGCCGAACAGCGUUCUUUUAGGCCAGAUGAAGCAGAGUUAUUUGCCAAGUCGGCACAGAAUGUAUAUAAACAAUUUCGAGACAAGGCUGCCUUUUCCAGAUCAAUGACUGUAGAUAAAAUGGAAGAGGUUGCUCAGGGGAGGGUUUGGACAGGUAAGGACGCAGUUUCUCAUGGUUUGGUUGAUGCUAUUGGUGGGCUUUCCCGAGCUAUUGCCAUAGCUAAAAUGAAGGCCAAUAUACCUCAAGAUACACAGGUUAGGAUUGUGGAGCUCUCAAGACCCAGUCCUUCUCUACCUGAGAUUUUAAGUGGUCUGGGUAAUUCUAUUAUUGGAGUAGACAGAACUUUAAAUGAACUGGUACAAGACUUCACAUUUUCUGAUGGAGUUCAAGCACGGAUGGAUGGAAUCGUGUUUCAGAAAUUGGAAGGAUAUCCAUAUUCCAACCCGAUUUUGACAUUGAUAAAAGAUUACCUCAGCUGAGUUCCCUAUAAUUAUAUAUUUACAAGUGUUCAUUCAUUCAAUAAAAAUUCUGGAUAGUAUAUAUAUGAGAAUCCCACAGCAGGGUAUCUAAUCAAGAGUUCAAGACUAUAUUACAGGACUUGAUACACGAAUAUUAUUAGUUUGAUGUAUUAAAACAAAAAGUACCAUUUCUCUA